CCGGAUGUGACGUGUGGCUCUUGGAUGUUUUGGUGAUUUUCAGCUUGUUCGCGAGCUAAGAUUCAAGUUGAUAUAAAAGUUCUGCUAGACUGAGAACGUCCCGGUGUCACAAUGGGUGAAAGGAAAGGAACAAACAAGUACUACCCUCCAGAUUUCGAUCCAGCCAAGCAUGGGUCCCUCAAUGGCUACCACAAAACCCACGCUCUUCGAGAAAGAGCCAGGAAGCUGUCCCAGGGCAUCCUCAUCAUCAGGUUUGAGAUGCCCUACAACAUCUGGUGUGACGGCUGCAAGAAUCACAUCGGGAUGGGGGUUCGGUACAAUGCCGAGAAGAAGAAAGUGGGGAACUACUACAGCACUCCAAUCUACAGGUUCAGGAUGAAGUGCCACCUGUGUGUGAACUACAUCGAGAUGCAAACAGACCCUCAGAACUGUGACUAUGUGAUCGUGAGCGGGGCCCAAAGGAAAGAGGAGAGAUGGGACAUGGAGGAAAAUGAGCAGAUCCUCACCACUGAGCACUCGGAGAAGGAGAAGUUGGAGACAGACGCCAUGUUUAAACUGGACCACGGUGGUAAAGACAAAGAGAAACUGAAGAGGGCGCUCCCGUCUCUAUCUGAGAUUCAGGACCUGCAGGCCGGGUGGAAAGACGACUUUCAGCUCAACAGCUCACUCCGCAAAAAGUUCAGGACUGAGAAGAAGGUUUUGGCUGAACAGGAAGAAAAGGACAACGCAGUGAGAGCCAGAACCAACCUGUCCAUCCCUCUGCUCCCCGAGAGAGAAGAGGACAAGAGACUUGCCGCUCUGCUCACCUACGCUACCCCAGACUCAUUUGACGACAAACAGCAGAGCAAACGUCAAGAGAUCUCCAGCCGCUCGUGGUUCAGUUCCUCGUCUUCGGCUCUAGGGGGCGCUGCCCACAGUCUGCUGCAGAAGCUGGGCCAGCAGGGCAAAGAGGCAGCGGUCGCCAAAGCAAUGGGACCAUCUCACGGGGCGCUCAUUCGAAAAAGAACCGCAACUACAACAAACACGACCGUGGCGACCACCAACGUAAGCACGGCAACCUCAAAAAGACCUGAACACAAAACCACAGACGGAGCUCUCAUACGGAAACAAACCGCGGCGACCACAAAUGGAAACGCGAACGAACCUGUACACAUGACCACGGCGACGGUAACGAGGGAAGCUGCAGACUGUGAUCCGGGAACGGGAGGAAGAGAGGAAAAAGAGGAGGAAAAACAAAAUGGACACUUAAAUAUUGUAGAGAAAACAUGUAGUUUGGGGGGAAAUACAUCUCUUGUUGCAGAUUAUAGUGAUUCAGACUCAGAUGGUGCACAGUAAAAUACUGGGACCACUUUAUAAUGACUACACUUUCAGAAUCAAUAAACCAUGAACUAAUGCUAACUACUAUUUAAAGUCUCACUGUGUAACUUUCAAGCUAAAAAAUAGACUAAUAUUAAAGCAUUUUUGGUGUUUAUUGCAUUGAAAAACAUGUCUUUAUGCUUUACUAGUUUAAGUAAAGUGUAGUUAUUUUAAAGUGUUUGGAUAUGUAUUGGAGUAAACACCAGAGGAGAGCUGGAUUUGAACUGUGAACUGAAUCACAAACAAGGGAUGCACCGAUACUGGACCGAGACCAGACCGAUUCUAGAUUGGAUUCAAUAAAGAAGAGUAUAGUCUCGGGUAUUGAUACUUUGCAGUGACAUCAUACUGGGGUGUUCAGUGUGUAUCUGAAAAAGCCUGAAACUCAUGACAGAAAAUACAGAAUGGGUUUAAACAAUACAUUUUCAGCAGCCUGUGGUCAAUACGAGCGUUCAUAGUUUUGUUUAGGAGUUUGAGUUUCAACAAAAAGGUGACAGUUAUAGCUUGUGACUGUUAUAUUAACUUGUUUAAUGACACAAAUCAGCUCAUCUGUUGUACUUCUAGCUAAAUCAGAUUGUGUUAAAACAAAGCUCAGAUUAAAGCCUAACUUGAGUAAAAGAGCUUCAGACAGAGCAGUGCCUCCAGGUAACAUCAAACCCCCACGAAAUGUUGACGACAUCUGCUGCAAAGUAUGCAUCAGUUCCAAGAUAUUGAUUCGGAGUUUGGCAAAUCUGUUAGAAGUUGUUGGCUCAGAAUUAUCUAUUGCAAAGUAUUUAUCAGUUCCAGGAUACUGAUUCAGAACUUGGCAAAUAUGUUAGAAGUUUUUGGCUCAGAAUUAUCUACAUUUUUAUAAUAUUUGGACUUUUAUUUUUACAAAGCUGUUCCAUUCUUAAUAAAUGGCAGGUAGAACUUUUUUCCUGGAGGGGUAGCUUCCUGCUUAUCUCCAUGUAGAUUUUUGUGCUUUUCCAGAAAAUAUAUCACAGUAGCUUUAAACUUACUGUAUCUAUGGAGACGAGCACAAAUCACACCACCAAAUCUUAACCCCUAAGCCAGCUAAAAAGGACAAACGAAUGUGGCAAAGACAAAAAUAAAUCAAAGAGAAAAUGUUAAAGGCAAGGUAUUGUGAAAUCUAUCAUGUUAUAACAUUGUUUCCUCAUCAAAAACAUGCCUGAAGAGGUUUAAGAUAUCACCCAUGCAUGUUAGAGUAAUGUAGCGAUCUUUCUCUGGCCCUGUUUGAACCCUCCUUAUGGUGUGCUGUAAGAUUAUGUGCAAUGCUCCUCCCACAAGCCUGUAUCACCUUUGCUGCCACAUGACAAUUGUCCACAAAUAUGCAAAAACCUGAUACAAAACUCUAUUCAACAAUUUCACAAAUCUGACGCAAUAUGCAGUAGUUUCAUUAGCAAGACUCAGAGUGUUAAAAACUGAAGUGAAAUUUAUAACAUGUUUCAAAACAAAAGGUAACAUGGUGAUCUAAAUAUGUUAAUGAAUACAUCAUAGAAGUAAAAUAGCCCCUCUUUAAAGACAGAAGGAGUUAUUUUAAAAUUAAGUUACUCUGAAAAUCCUCUGAUUUACCGGAAUGUCACCAGAUGUUUUUCAUAAACAGAUUUCUCUUGUGCUGUAAACACACACCAAAGUCUGAUCUCAUUAUUGUGUUAUCUGAUUACUCUAGUGAUCUGACUUUACUGGACAUGUACAUGGACCCACGGUCUGUAUCGGUUUGGGUUCAUUGGUGCAUCUCUUGAAAUCUGUAAAAUGUCAUUUCAGUCAACAAAACAAUUAAAAUGCUGUUCAUUUCAUUUAGAA